AUUGUGUUUUGAGAUUAUCGAUAAAAGAAAAUUUGAUUUGGGAAGAAGAGGAUAGAUGGGAAAUGUAAACGGGAGAGAAGACGGAGAGAACAGGGCUGAUGGGAACGGAUCCAACGGUGAAUCAACCAUCCGAGCUGCCUAUUCCCAUCGAACGGUUGUUUCUUCCGAUUCCAUGGCUAAUGUUAACAACAACAAUACUAAUAAUUACAGUAAUGCGACGCCGCCUCACAGCCCUGCUCGCUCCGCUUCCCCUCUUUCAUUCGCUUCUCAGGUUCCUGUAGCUCCCUUGCAGAGGCCUGACGGACCACCCUUUUUAAAUCAGAUGUGGCAAAAUGAAUCUUCUAGAGUUGUUGAUCAUCCUCCUCAACAAGGAAUCCCGACCAUUAUCACCUGGAACUAUGGUGGUAAUGAAGUGUUUCUGGAGGGAUCUUGGGACAACUGGAUGUCAAGGAAGCAAUUGCAAAGAUCUGGUAAGGAUCACUCUCUUCUGCUGGUCCUCCCAUCAGGUAUAUACCAUUAUAAGUUCAUUGUAGAUGGGGAGUGGAGAUAUAUUCCAGAUCUUCCUUUUGUAGCUGAUGAGAUGGGCCGUGUUUGUAAUCUUCUUGAUGUUAAUAAUUAUGUGCAAGAAAACCUAGACAGUGUGGCUGAAUUUGAGGUUCCACCGUCCCCAGACUCCACUUAUGGUCAGUCAUUUCCGACUGAGGAAGAUUUGGCAAAAGAGCCAUUAGUUGUUCCACAACAGCUGCAUCUUACUGUUCUUGAUAUGGAUAAUUCAAAUGAAGUUUCUUCAUCAAAGCCCCAACACGUUGUGCUUAACCACCUUUUCAUUGAGAAAGGAUGGGCAUCUCAGUCUCUAGUUGCUUUGGGACUAACACAUAGGUUCCAGUCCAAAUUUGUCACUGUUGUCCUUUAUAAGCCUGUCAAACGGUAGCACUCAGCACCCUCCUUUUUCAAGCUUCUUGGUAAAGAAUAGAUAAUCACUUCUAAAAUUAUGGCCUUUGUGAAUGUAUCUCUAUUUAUAGUAUGCUCAAGACUUCUUCAUACUUACGUUUGAUCUGUUGUAGUUUUGAACUCUUCAUUUUUCAAGCAUUUUGCUCCCUUUUAA